CCACCCCUGGCUUUGGCUGUUGUUGUGAUUACAUAACCAGAGCUUACGAUUAGUGCCAUAAGUAUUGUCACCAAAAAUAGGUCUACAAAAAGAAAGCAAUAAAUCAAUCAAUCAAUCAAUGCAUGAGAUGUUGGGAUCAAAUGAUUGCCACAAAUAGUAUUCACAACACAUAUAAGGAGUGAAAGACAACGACAACAACACAAAGAAGUGAUUGACUCGCGAAGAAUACAAUGUCGUCGACACCACCGACUGGGACCACAUCCGCGUCGGACACCAGUUAUCAAGAGUUUGUGGACAAUCGCGGUGUGGAUGGCGUCGGCAUUGUGUCCACCGAAGGCGAGAAACUGUUGAACGCGUUGAGAAAAAUACAGACAAAACUAUACCAACGAAGACCAACGGCUGGCCAAUCGGUGGUCCGCGAAGUGAUCGUCAAUCGCCAGUCCAAUGGCCACCACUCGAUGGUCGCAGACAGUAGUGAUCGACACGUGUGUCCGCACAGGACUUCGUGCGCCAAUUGCUCGGCCAUUGAUUGCUGUAAUCGAUCAGCUGUUGGCAGCGGCGGCGGUGGUGAUGAUCACCACUACUUCAACGGUCACCACCGCUCGGAUCUCGACACUCGGUUCGAUGAUAAUCGGGGCGCGGAUUUGAUGGACACGCGGCUGCGGCUGAUUGAGUCACAGCUGAAGACCAUAUCGUUGCAGUUGACGGCCAAAAAUGGUGACACCAGUAAUGGUAAGCGUGCGGUGAAUGGCGAUCACCGCCCGACCAAUAGUGGUCGACCAUCGCCUACGAGAAGUGGUCGCACAACUGGUGGCCGUCAAUCGCCCGCCAAAAGGCCACAAGUAUUGAGUGCCAGUAUUGAUGAUAAUCUCGACGGACACGGAUCUGAUGACAGAUACGAGGCGUCUAUAGACGCCGUGAGAGACUUGUUUAGACAAACGAAUGGCACGACUGGCCGCCCGGUGCCGAAGAGUCGCUCGUUGGACGCCAUUAACCCGAAGCCGUCGUCGGGCGGCGGCGGCCGUCACUUUCACCUACAGUUAAAAGACAUACCAUUCCUGUUGGGAACGAGCGCAAACAGUCAUUCAGUGAUAGCCAACCGACAGUUGGAGAUAUCGCGCCUCAAACGGCACAACCCGUUGUGCCGACACAACGACCACAACAUACCGGUGCGCAAGAUAUUUGACGAACGGAUCCGACAGCAAGUGUUGGACACAGAGAUCAAAGAGUUGUUGUUUGACUUACAGGAAGAGCACGACUAUAUUUGCGAAGAAAUACAAUACUUAAGCCAACAAUUGGAUCAAAUGAGUGGCGAUGAGGGGGACGGCGACGACGAGCGUCGGGUGCGCUUCAAUCGCGACCUGUAUUUCCUUUCGCGCCGUAUUUUAGCCAAAAAACGACAGAUCAAUGAAUUACAGGAAAUGCACUCAACGCUGACGAGGAAUGCGCCCAAAACUAGCGGCGCUGUCAACGGCGCCACUACUGCCGCCACACCCGCUGCCAAAACAAGGACCGGCCAAACGUCCGGUCACUCAAAGCACGUGAUGUUUGCCGAUAAUAAUCGGGUAAACCAUAAACACAAACAGAAAGCCGUUCAAAACGGUGGCGACGAUUGGUGUCCGCAAUGGAAAUGA